CGCGGCUGCGGGCGGGCGGGUGACGGGAGAAGGACACCGGGAGCAGCUAAAAGCAGUGGAGAGGACGCCCAGAGAGACGAACGGAUCUACUCGCCCCUGAGGACAAGAAGAUGCUCUCCGUGGCUUUCACCAUGGGGGUCCUGCUGGCCCUGGUGGGUAGCACGGCCACCCACAGAUGUGUUGGCCCGGACCAACUGGUCUCCGAGCUGCUCCAACGCCUGGAGGACUCCGUCAACGUGGAGGAGCCGCCCAACCCCAGUGUCCUGCUGGCCAUGAACCUGGCCGGGGCCACCGAUGGUGGCACCCACAAGUGGCUGCUCCAGGAGAUAAAGGAGGAGGCUGUGAAGAAAGCCCACAAGGACAUGACCUCUGGCCAGGUGGCUCUGUCCGUGCUGGCCCUCCUUUCCUCCUGCCAGAACCCCCAGCACGUCCAUGCCCUGGGGCAGACCAUCGACCUUCUCCACAUCCUGCAGAAGAAAACGCAGGAGGAGUUGGCCAGUAUGGAUGUGGAUGGUGUCCCCAAGACCACGCUGUACAGCUUGAGCCUGGACACCUUGGGCUUGUGCCUGGGGCGGGUAGGCCAGUACGAAGAGGCAUCCAUGGCCCUGGCCAAGCAAGUACUGAGCCCCACGAGCCAGCUCUCCGUGGACACCCGUGCCGUGGCGGCACUGGCCAUGGCGUGCACCUACCACCAGACGGACCUCGGAGCUUUACAGGACCUGCUCUGGGAGGCGGUGUCGGUGGUGACCAACGGCUUCCUGGAUGAGCAGGAGAAUAAGGAUGGCAUGAUAGGCAACAUCUACAGCAUGGGGCUGGCCCUGCAGGUGCUGGGCUCCACGGAAAAGUUUUACGCCCCUCGGGAGUGGGAUUGCGCCCAGGCUUUCUCCGUGGUCUACAGCCAUGACUACCGCCAGCCCAUGGCCAUCGCCCAGGUCCUGCCAGCCCUGGUGGGCAAAUCCUACCUGGAAGCUGCUAGCCUGAACUGUGCCGCCAGCAGCAGGGUGUCCCCAAGCCAACAGUCCCCAAAGCUGGCUCCAACCGGGGGUCACAGAGGUCCCACCCAGAGCCUCUCCAACCCCCGUGGGGAGGACGUGAUGGAAUUCAACAAGGCCCUCAUCGAGGUGCACUACUCCAUCAUCAACAAGCUGCAGGGCAAGCACUUCAGCAAAUCCAUCUCCGUGUGGGUCCCGGAGGGCUCCACGUUGCUCAAGGUGCUGCAGGCAGCCGAGGAGAAGGAACCCCAGGUCUUUAGCUUCCAGACGGAGCAGACAUCCUGGGGCCCCAUGGUGGUCUCCAUCCACGGGCUGGCGGCCAACCCAGAGGACAGAACCUACUGGCAGUUCCUCAGCGGGGAGGACGCCCUGCAGGAAGGGGUUGGCACCUACAAACCAAGGGACGGGGAGCACAUCCAGGCUGUCUUCAGCGGCCCUGGGAGCCUUGAUGGGACACGGAGGCGGAGUGGGGACACGGUGGAGGGACAUAGUGGACGGACAUGGUGGAGGAACAUCGUGGAGGAACAUGGUGGGGUGUCCCCCACGGUACCGGGCCUACCCGGAACUAAGGUUCCCCUCCGCAUUUCCGGGGGGUUGCGCCUCCGGGACGGACCGCAGUUCCCGGAAGUGUCUCCCCCCGGACGGCCCCGCGGUGGGACCCCAUGGCGGCGCCCUAAGGGCCACUUCCGGCGGUGGCGGUGGCGGUGGCGGGGCCCCGUCAUGUGGCGAUGGCGGCUCCUGCGGCCGCUGCCGGUUGGAGGAGGACGCUCGUGCCCGGUGCCCCUGUGGCGUUGCGUUGGGUGCCCACCUUGCUCCUCUCCCCUCCCACCAGCCCUCAUCGAGGUGCACUACUCCAUCAUCAACAAGCUGCAGGGCAAGCACUUCAGCAAAUCCAUCUCCGUGUGGGUCCCGGAGGGCUCCACGUUGCUCAAGGUGCUGCAGGCAGCCGAGGAGAAGGAACCCCAGGUCUUUAGCUUCCAGACGGAGCAGACAUCCUGGGGCCCCAUGGUGGUCUCCAUCCACGGGCUGGCGGCCAACCCAGAGGACAGAACCUACUGGCAGUUCCUCAGCGGGGAGGACGCCCUGCAGGAAGGGGUUGGCACCUACAAACCAAGGGACGGGGAGCACAUCCAGGCUGUCUUCAGCACCUACUGAUGGCACCAAGGGACCACCGGACCCUCCAUGAAGGCAAUAAAGAACCAUUAUCAGCACAGUC